AUGCUGGUUAACCUGACGUGUGCUCAGCCGCAGGGAACGAGGUUUAAAUCUUUGAUAGAGUGUGCUUCGGGUUGUGCCAGUGAUAUUGGUUGUGUCGGGGUAAGUACACAAGAAAGAAGCUGCUUCUACCAUUACAAGUGUUCUCAUAAUAUCGAAUGUGGUCCCAUGGAUGGCGAGUUUGAGGUCUAUGUCAAGAAUGACACUGUUGUCCAGACACUUCCACAAUGCCAAAAUAAUGGUACGUGGAACCUGACUGGUAGUGCUUGCACCUGCAACAGUGGAUGGGUGGGUCAGUUCUGCGAGAGGUAUGGCUCAUCGUGUAAAGAGCUCGCCCAGUACGGCUACCCGCAAGGAUGGCCGGAUGGGCUACAAUGGGCAACCAUACAGCUGACAGCCAACGCUAAACCAGUGAAAGUUCUGUGUGAGCUUCGCGAGAAGUAUUUCAACACAUACAUUCUUCGCAACGACGGUUGGAAAAACCUGAAAGAAACCCAGCGAGGAGCGUACCUGAAUGGCUUCUACGUUUCCAAUUACUGUUUCUGGAUGGGCCUUAGCAACAUGAAGGCCUUCAAUGACGCCGGCUACACGAGUCUUAAACUUGACACUGGUUUCAGUGCCCCUCCAUCAAACGAAUUCCAUCUGUUUCAAAUGACAUACAAUAAUUUCACAAUGCAAGGAUAUGACGAUGAUUUCAAGUUCACAUUUAAGGAUAUUGUUAGAAGAAAUGAUGGCCCUCAUGCAGCUAACUACUCGUAUGGAGACUGCUUAACACCCCUCCAAGGAGCUCCAUUCAUAUUCCCAAACGGAAGCGAUAGCGCAGAAGACUGUGUCAUGACAGCUGGAGUGGGCUGGUGGUACAACACGGCCUGCAACAUUGCGUGUAACCCACUUGGGUACAAGAAAGUGCAAAAUCCUGACAGGCCACAAGCGGAAUACAUCGUAAUGGAUGGAAUGGACUGCGAGAACACUGCUUCCUGCAGUGUGGCUAUGUAUUUUGUUAUGUAUUAA